AAAUUAAAAGCCUAAAUGACCGGAGCUCGAAGGUCAUCAGCCUUAUCUGCUGCAAUUAUAUCGGAGAAGAGGAAAAUUUCGAAUAAAAGUGCACAACCUCAUUGCUGUCCACUCCAGUCACCAAUCAUGUUUCUCUCGGCCUGGAUCGAAGGGUUAACAUCCCAUAUGGUGAAAAAAGCGCAAGUUGAGCUCGGAGAGACGCCUGAGGUCAGGAAAAAAGCAGUGCAGGAAUUAACCAAACUCUUAAAUGCCGAACCAAACUUAAAACCAAGACUUGAAGAGAAAUUUUUAAUCAGGUAUCUCAGAGCAAAGAAAUACAAUGUAUCAAAAGCGUACAAGAGUCUCAUCUGUUAUUAUUACUUCAAAUCAAAUUAUGACGGUAUAUUUACGAAUUUCAAGCCCUCACAACUAAAGCACGUUCUGGAUAUGAACUGCGUAAGCUUGCUGCCUCUAAGGAACCGAGAUGGGGCAUCUAUUGGAGUAUUACGCUUGGGUAAUUUUGACCCUAGUAUAGCCUCAGGUGAGGAGCUCAUAGCUACAUGCCUCCUCUGCGCCGAGAUUGGCACAGAUAAUGAAGCUACUAUAGUGUGUGGAUCCAUAUGUGUUCUAGACAUGCAAGGCUUUACUUUCAAGAAAAUGCUGCAUUUUUCAUCAUUCAACCUUAUAUCUCUUUUCGUUGCAUCUUUACAGGAUUGCGUUGCUUGUCGUGUGAAGAGCUUGCAUGUUGUAAACGAACCUUUCUAUUGUACUCAAGUGUUUAAAAUCGCAAAAAAACUCAUGCACAAGAAAUUGAAAGAAAGACUGCAUUUUCAUGGCUCGAACAUGGAGAGUCUUCACGAGCAUCUGCCACAAGAAAUAUUACCUAAAUACUUAGGUGGACACCUGAGCAACAAUAACGAAGAAUACGUUGCUAAAAUGUUAAGCAAAGAAUCUUACUUUGAAGAUAUCAACAAGUAUGGUUACUCAUCAAAAUUCAAUAGAUGUAGAAAAUCCAAUGUUAGCUGAAUCGCUGCACUUGUAUUUAUCAUCUUCAUUUCACUUUGUGGUGAUUUGUUUCUAAUAUUCAUAUCUGUAAGCUCAGUCAAUUAUAAUGGAAUUGUUUUAUUUUGUAUAUUUCAUAUAAAUAUGUGUUCUACUCUUUAUCAAUUAUUAACGUG